AUGGGAGGAGAGACUGCACCGUUGAUCCCCACGGGAGGAGAGAUUGCACCGCUGGCCCCCACGGGAGGAGAGACUGCAACGUUGGCCCCCACGGGAGGAGAGACUGCACCGUUGAUCCCCACGGGAGGAGAGAUUGCACCGCUGGCCCCCACGGGAGGAAAGACUGCACCGCUGGCCCCCACGGGAGGAGAGACUGCACCGCUGGCCCCCACGGGAGGAGAGACUGCACCGUUGGCCCCCACGGGAGGAGAGAUUGCACCGCUGGCCCCCACGGGAGGAAAGACUGCACCGCUGGCCCCCACGGGAGGAGAGACUGCACCGCUGGCCCCCACGGGAGGAGAGACUGCACCGUUGGCCCCCACGGGAGGAGAGACUGCACCGUUGGUCCCCACGGGAGGAGAGAUUGCACCGCUGGCCCCCACGGGAGGAAAGACUGCACCGCUGGCCCCCACGGGAGGAGAGACUGCACCGUUGAUCCCCACGGGAGGAGAGAUUGCACCGCUGGCCCCCACGGGAGGAAAGACUGCACCGCUGGCCCCCACGGGAGGAGAGACUGCACCGUUGAUCCCCACGGGAGGAGAGAUUGCACCGCUGGCCCCCACGGGAGGAAAGACUGCACCGCUGGCCCCCACGGGAGGAGAGACUGCACCGUUGAUCCCCACGGGAGGAGAGAUUGCACCGCUGGCCCCCACGGGAGGAAAGACUGCACCGCUGGCCCCCACGGGAGGAGAGACUGCACCGUUGAUCCCCACGGGAGGAGAGAUUGCACCGCUGGAGAGACUGCACCGUUGA